UCACUAUUUAUAUACAGACGGAUGAGCUCGUGGAUACGUGUUGGAUACGCAGUGUGGGACUAUUUUUUUUAUUUUUUAUUUCAACCUCGUUCGUCGUUGCAGUCAUGGAAAAGAAGGUCAUAGUCAAUGGUCCGUCGUCCUCUAUUUAAAUGCAAGCGCGUGCUCUCUAACCCAGCAAUGGCAGUUCAAGCUGAGCCUAUGUCCAACGCUGCGCCCGCUGACUUCCAAUCCAGGGUUGAGAUGGCUGGUGGUGUUCUUGAAGGUGUGCGGAGGCUGCAGAGGCAUGAUGAUCAGAUCCGCAGUUUCUUUAAUGCUGCCGGAGAUGAAACGAAGGCGGUGGCAGGCGCCUUUAUCAAUCCCGCGGUGUUGAGCGAUCUUCCUCAGAGCGAUCUUACAUGCAAUGUCUCGAGAUUCUCCCGUAAGAGAAGGAUGGAUGAGACUAUGAUCGCCGCUGCGGCACCGAUCUAUGAACGGAUAUGCUUUCGGAAUGCUGCUGCGGCGGAAUCGGUUAGGGCAGAUGCUUUGGCUUCGGCAGCCGGUUUUCAGGUUGCUAGUGGGUUUAGUUUCGCCGGGAUUGAAUCCGCUGCAGCUUCUACAAGUGGAGUUUCAUCUUCUUAUUUGUACUCCGGAUCCGAUGUAAAUCCUGAGCUUCUUGCUUUGUUGUAUCAGCAGGGCAACGAAAUCGAUGAUCUCUUACGCUGCCAGAGCGAGAUGAUUCGUUUGGGGAUGGAGGAGUUGCGAAAGAAAUAUUGCCGGGAAGUUCUCUUCUCUCUAGGCCAGCGCGCCAUCAAUCGCCUCCGCGAAAAGGAAAUCGAGCUAGAAAACCUGAAACAGAAGAAUGCCGACCUGGAGGAGAGAGCCCGGAAGAUAAGCGGCGAGAGCCUGAUCUGGUUUAAUCUCGCCAAGAACAAUGAGGCGGUUGUUUCUAGCCUCAAAACCAGCCUCGAACAGGCCAUGAUCCAAAACUCCACAGCAUCGCCGACAAAAGAAGGAUACGGCGACAGCGAUUGCUCCCCUUUCCCCGCCGACGAUGCUCGGUCCUGCUGCUUCGAAACCGCCUUGUCUUCCCCGCCGGCGCAUGAAGAACUCCGGCGACGGAUGGUCUGUCAGGUCUGCCGCGAGAAAAAUGUAUGCGUUCUGGUGCUCCCAUGUAAGCAUCUUUGCCUCUGCAAGUCGUGCGAUGCUGGUGCUGACACGUGUCCCACAUGUCGCUCUCACAAGAAUGCGACCUUACAAAUCUUCAUGUCCUGAUUUGGCCUUUUGCCACAACGUGCAGCGGUCUCCCUUUUUGGUUAAAUCAUGGUUAUAAUAAUAAUAAUAUUAUUAUUAUUAUUUAUAUCCUUGACCUUAAUAUCUUUUUUGAUAUAAAAUGGAUAUUUACAUGGGAGCCCUUUUAGGGUUGAACGAGAAAAUUACAGUUUGAAUGGGUGUGUGAAAUUGGCAAUUUUGGGUGUUUGACUUGAAAGUAGAAAGGUUUAAAGUGGAAAAGGAAAAGAUGCCUGCUUCGCUUACACGUUACGUUCUUUUGGCUUUUACUCUCUUCCAUCCCAUGGCUAAGAAUGUAAUUAACUUAAUUUUAUUAAAUUAAGGGAGAGUGUGUC